UAGAAAUAAAGAGACCUAAUGAGUGGCUAGAUAAGGUAACUCUCAUCCUAGCCUUUUCAACCCUUUAAAGUUUACCCAUCACUUCCCAAAUUCCAUUCUUAAAUUCCACUCUCUCUCUCACUCUCUCACAUACAGAUUACAGACAUGGAGUCGGUGUAGGUAGCACCAUAGAAAGUACCCCCAAUAUGGAUCAUUAGUGAUCCACACCCAUCUAAAAAAAAAAACCAUAAAAAAGCCAACAAAAAUGGUGUUGAAAUGAAGGAGCGUCAGCGUUGGCAGCCAGAGGAAGACGCACUCCUCCGAGCUUACGUGAAGCAAUAUGGGCCAAAAGAAUGGAACCUCAUUUCCCAACGCAUGCCCCAACCUCUCCACCGUGACCCUAAAUCCUGUCUCGAACGCUGGAAAAACUACCUAAAACCAGGCCUCAAGAAAGGCUCUCUCACCCCUGAAGAACAGUCCCUCGUCAUUUCUCUCCAAGCCAAGUACGGCAACAAGUGGAAGAAGAUCGCCGCCGAGGUCCCCGGCCGCACCGCCAAACGCCUCGGCAAAUGGUGGGAGGUCUUCAAAGAAAAAAAGCUCAAACAACAGCAAAAGCAAAAUCUCCACCUCAAUACUAACCACCCCCACAACUAUUCCGAGUAUUCACAUUCUGAUUGUACGGACAGCAUUCCCACCGUGGUUGUGGGGUCCACUUCCUCUUCCGAGAAGGUCGGUCAGGGUCCGUACGAUCAUAUCUUGGACACCUUUGCUGAAAAGUACGUGCUGCCCCAGCCUAAAAAUAUGGCUCCGGUGCUUCCGGGCAUUUCUCUAUCCGACCCGGACCGGGUUUUGUCUCUCGGGUCGAAUACUCCGACGACUACUACUGCUACGACGUCGUCUUCGUCCGUGUCGGUGAUUCCGUUGUGGAUGAAUAUGAAUAUGAAUAUGAACAUGAAUAUGAAUGUGAGUACGACGUCGUCUUCUGCCACAUCGGCGACGACGCCGUCUCCAUCGGUUAGUUUAUCGCUCUCUCCAUCUGACCCGGGUUUGGAUCCGGAUAUAAAUCCGACCCGGGUGUAUCUGGGUCAGCAAAUGGGUAGCUUGGUCCAGUAUGUGAAGGAGGUUGAGGAAGGGAGGCAGAGCUGGGUGCAGCACAGGAAAGAGGCCUCGUGGCGGCUAAGCAGGUUGGAGCAACAGCUGGAGUCAGAGAAAGCCAGGAAGAGGAGAGAGAAAAUGGAGGAGAUUGAGGCAAAGAUUCGGUGUUUGAGAGAGGAAGAAUUGGCUUUUUUCGGUCGGAUUGAGAGUGAGUACAAAGAAGAGCUUAAUGCUUUGCAUAGAGAUGCUGAGACCAUAGAAGCCAAGUUGGUUGAGUCAUGGUGUUGCAAGCAUGUCAAGUUGGCUAAGCUUGUGGACCAGAUUAGGUUGGGCCAUACUAGUCAUGGGUUCAUUGUCCUAUAGGACAUGCUGGCUAAUCUUGGUUACUUGGUACUUUUUUUUUUUUUUUUUUUUUUUCCAAAUAUAGUUUUGGUUAUUGUCAUUGUAUUUCACUAUUUUGUACCACUUUUUUGGUUAGACUAUAGUGUAGCAGUUGUUUCCCUCAUAUUAAAUGCUUGUUUUCUUUCAA